AUGCGGCCAACAACACUUGUGGUUGGCGACGAUGUCUACAUGCUGCUGGGGAAUUACAGUGGAGUUGCCGACGCAAGUAAGUGGAAGCUUUUGCUGGUGAAGGGGAGUGUCAGUGGAAGCGGUGAAACGAAGAAAAUCGCAUGGAGUGAGACCCGUGCGGUGGAGACUGCAGGGCUUCCAAAAUACUUGACGCGGCUGGUGGGCGGCGGAGGCUCGGGCCUUGUGCUGAGCGACGGCACGCUUGUGUUCCCCAUGCAGGCAAUCAAGAAUGGAAAGAACAUUCUGCUGGCCAUGCGCCUCAGGCAGUCAGAGACUCAAUGGAAAUUUUCUUCCGGUACGACCGGUGAGGGCUGCAGGGACCCGUCCAUCGUGGAGUGGAAGGACGGCCAAAAGCUCCUUGCGAUGGCUUCUUGUGAGGGGGGCUCCUACGAAGUCUACGACUCUACUGCGGCCGGCACAGCGUGGUACACCACAGGUGAGCCGAUUACCCGCGUGUGGGGCAACUCACUGAGCCGUCAAGGAGGUUACGGCGUGCAGGGCGGCUUCAUCACCGCAAGCUUCGAGAAUAAAAAGCUGAUGCUCCUCACGAUGCCGGUGUAUUCGGCGGACGCAGGCGAGGAAAAAGGGGAGCUGCAUCUUUGGUUGACCGACAACGCCCGCGUGCACGACGUGGGGCCGGUGUCUGCCGCCGGCGAUGACGCCGCUGCGAGCUCCCUGCUGUACAACAGCGGCGGGUCGGGGGAUGAGUUGAUUGCUCUUUACGAGAAGAAGACUGGAGACGAUUCGUACGGUCUUGCCUACGUGCGCCUGGCUACUCAGCUGGAGCAGGUAAAAGAGGUGGUGAGGAGUUGGACUGCGUUGGACGCCGCCUUGCAAAGCUGCAAAGCCAGCGGAAACCUCGACCCGCAAGAGAAGGGCAUGUGCAAAGGCCCUCUUCCCACCAAAGGGCUGGUGGGGUUUUUGUCCGGGAAGUCAACUGGCGGCAAGUGGAAGGACGAGUACCUCUGCGUGGACGCGACAGUCCAUGGGGCAGCAACAAAGUUUACGAACGGCGUGACGUUCAGCGGCGCCGGGGCGGGGGCGGAGUGGCCCGUGGGGAACCUGGGGCAGAACCAGCCGUACUACUUUGCGAACAACAAGUUCGCUCUUGCGGCGACGGUGACGAUCCACGCGGUGCCGGAGGAGGACGCGGCCCCAUCCCUUUGCUGCGGGUGA